GUAUUGAUCCCGAACUUCAGGCACCCGCAUUUCAAUUUUGUUGGUAAAAUUUUGGGACCGAAAGGAGCGACACUGCAAGCGAUGGCCAAACAGUUCAAAUGCCAUAUUUACGUGUUGGGACGAGGCUCCACCAAGGAUCGUGCUAAGGAGCAAGAACUGUUGCAAAGUGGCGAUCCACAAUAUGCGCAUUAUGGUGGGCCGCUUCAUGUCAAAGUAGAGACCAUUGCACCAGCACAUGUCGCAUAUCAACGAAUAGCCGGUGUCCUGGAACAACUUUCGCAAACUUUGCAACCGACUCGGGACGAGACUUUCGAUAAAAUGAAUCAGCAGGCCGCGGCAGCUGCUGCAGGCGGUGGAGGAGGUGAAGGUGGUAAGAAAUUUUUUCUAGAAACACGAAAUAACAACUACGGUUCAUGCACUGAUUUAUACGGCUAG